UGUUAGUUCUUGUAGAAAAAAAUGUAGUAAAUAAAAAUAUUUCAGUCUGUCUGUGCGUCGUAUUAUUUUCUUCCCCCACUGUGCAACUGUGUUUGUUGCUAAUCUACCCUGUUUCCAGCGCUGCGGUUGCAAGGUCGCAUCCGAAGUUAGCGACUAAUUGAUAUUUACUCGCUUCAUGUGUCGACUAAUGCUCAGCUUCUGGGAAUCACAUGGCUGGAUCUUUAUGCUGAGGUAUUAAUGCAACAAAAAUAUUGCCACUCCAGGUUUUGAGAAACCCUCAUAUCUAAACAAAUUAAGCAGCAAUUCGAAGCUUUAAAAGUUAAAGAAGAUUAAGGUUUCUAAAACAAUAAAAUUAUGUAUUCUACUCAGACAUUAUACCCAAUGGGGAAUCAGUUUAACUUUGAUCCACCAAACAAACCCUUUUCUCAAAACCAGUCACAGCAUCAUUGCCAUAAUGAUAACAAAAUGGGGUUUUCAAAUGAUAAGCCAUUCAGAUGUAAUGUCUGCCGCAAAGGGUUUUCCAGGAAGGUUAAUUUAAGUAAUCAUGAAAUGAUGCCAGCUAGGGAGAAGCAUUUCUUUUGCAGUUAUUGCCAGAAGGCAUUUUCUCAGAGGGCUCGAUUAACAACCCAUGAGUUAACGCACACGGGGCAGAAACCGUUUAAUUGCACUUACUGCGAUAAAGCAUUUGCUCAGAAAGCUAAUUAUGAUAAUCAUAAACGGACUCAUACGGGAGAGAAACCUUAUCAGUGUGGGUUCUGUUCAAAGUCUUUCAGUCAACAGACAAACGUGGAAAAUCACGAACGCGUUCAUACCGGAGAGAAACCAUUUUCUUGCUCAUACUGUUCAAAGUCGUUCAGUCAGAUAACUAAUCUUAAAUAUCAUGAACGUGUUCAUACAGGUGAGAAACCGUUUAAAUGUGACUUCUGUGAUAAAGCGUUUGCGCAGAUUGUAAAUUUGGUCAACCACAAACGUAUCCACACAGGUGAAAAACCAUUCGUUUGUUCUUUCUGUGACAAGGCAUUUGCUCAGGUGGUCAAUCUUGAUAACCAUCGUCGGACACAUACCGGAGAAAAACCGUUCAAAUGUGUUUUCUGCGAGAAAGCAUUUGCACAACGUACAAACCUUGAUAACCACAAACGAAUUCAUACAGGUGAGAAGCCGUUCAUAUGUGACUUCUGUGGUAAAGCAUUCAUUCAAAGAACUCACCUUGAUAACCACAAACGAACACACACAGGUGAGAAACCUUUUAAGUGCGAGUAUUGUGAGAAGAUGUUUACUCAAAGAACACACCUGGAUAAUCAUAAACGUAUUCAUACAGGUGAGAGACCUUUUAAGUGUAACUUUUGCGGGAAGGCAUUCGCCCAGAGAACCAACUUUGAUAAUCACCGUAGAACACACACGGGAGAAAAGCCGUUCAAGUGUGAAUAUUGUGGGAAAGCUUUUGCUCAACGUGCGAUCUUAAAGAACCAUAAACGGACCCACAAUACCCCCAUCCCCCCGGAAAAAGAACAGAACGCUCCGAUGUUGCCAUUCAGUUGCAAUAUUUGCGGAAAGAUAUUCGCUCACUCUCUUGAGAUUGAAGCUCACAAACACACGCAUCAUAACAACAAAAUGCUAAACUGUAGCAAAGUCUACUCACAGAGAACAGAUUUGGAGCUUCAUAAAAGAAGCCACACUCAUACCUCAAGCAAACAACAGUCUUUCAAUUCUGAUAUCUGUUGCAAGACGUCAAUCGCGUCUCAUGGUCAUCACAUGCGACAGGACAUGAAAAAUACAGAUCACAUGGUACAACGAUUCGAAGGGGAUUACCUCAGAGAUCCACAAUCUUUUGCUUCUCACCCUCGAGGGCCAUCUUCUCUGCCUCCGACAUCAUGGAUGAAUACAUCGUCUCGCCAUCAGAUACCGCAAAGCUGGGAAAAUAAUUACAUGUGGUCGCGAGGCUUCACAAUGGCUCCUGUAUGGAACCCUGGCUGGACUAAUACACCUGGUGGCUUCCCUUGUGGGAUGAGACAAGGAAAGCAAGGAAUUGAAUACACAAUAUAGUUCAAAUAUAUAAAUAUAAAUAAUAUAUAUAUAUAUAUGUAUAUAUAUAUAUAUAUGCAUGUAUGUAUA